AUGCACAGGUCAUACCAGCCACUUAAACCCGUAACCAAUCGCUACUUGCAGAAGCGAUGGGACCAGAAUAACUAUAAAAAUCACCGCAGCAAGGUGAACUCUGCCCUGCCUGUAGUGGACACUAUGGGCAUCAGGACACCAGUUCACAUCCAGCUAAAACUCAAAAAACUUCAGCUGCAGGAUGAACGUCUGUCAGCCAUUGACAGAGAAAAUCGCCUGCUGGCGUCCAACCUGGCCAGGACUUUUAGCUCUGAAGGCCUAGUGGACCACAGGAACCAAUACCACCUGUGGAGCCUGAAUGCUAACAAAAGGAAGCAAGAACUUCUAUUGAUCAGCCAUCAGAAUCAAGCCAUCUACCAGCGAGUCAGAUCUCGCCCCUCGGAGUAUCGCCGCCAAGUGUGGUUGGAUGACUGGGAGAGGACGGAACGUCGGCUAGAUGACAUUUCCCGAUACCCAAAAGGGCUGGCAGACAAACAGGCAUUGCACAGGAAGGUGAAGUUUACAACAGUGGAGUGUACUAAACACUUGAAGAGCUGCAGGAACCCUAACAUAGAAAGGAUCAACAAAAUCUGA